GUCUAUUACGACGACUGCAGUGGAAAACAUCUCCAGUAGUCUCCUCAGUGGAGCAGCAGCAUCCAUCAAGCUGGAGGCAACCAUAUCCUCCCCCACCUCUGCUACCCCAUCCAACCAGCCUCCUACCGCAAGAUGGCCCUUCUUCAUAUUCCUCGGUGGCUCCAUGUUCUGCCUCCUCUCCAGCAGCUUUUGCCACCUCCUCUGCUGCCACUCUCACCGCCUUAACCUCUUCCUCGCUCGCUUCGACUACGUCGGCAUCGCCGUCAUGAUCGUCUCCUCCUUCUUCCCCCCCAUCUACUACAUCUUCCAGUGCGAUCCCCACUGGCAGCUCACCUACCUCGCCGCCAUCACCGUCAUGGGCUUUGUCACAGUCUUCACCCUUCUCUCGCCGCACUUGUCCACCGGAAAGUUCCGCUCCUACCGAGCACUGCUCUUCUCCGGCAUGGGCUUCUUCGGCAUUGUGCCCGCCGUGCAUGCUGCUGUUGUGAAUUGGAGCGACCCUCGGCGGAACAUCACACUGGCUUAUGAGUCGGCCAUGGCAUUGUUUUACGUGACAGGAACCAUAUUCUACGUUAGCAGGGUGCCCGAGCGCUGGAAACCGGGCCAGUUCGAUCUCGCCGGCCAGAGCCACCAGAUAUUCCAUGUGUUUGUGAUCGCCGGUGCAUUGGCACAUUACGGUGCAGCACUGAUCUUGCUCGAGCAUCGUGACGAGGUGGGGUGUGGUGGAGUUGUGUGAUAUUGAUAUGAAUUGUUAGUAGGUUGUACGUUGUCAUUGUAUUAAUUUCAUUAUUGAUCGAGGUUAUAGGUGGAAGGAAGACAGAAGGUUGUUCAAACAUUUGUUGAAGCUUGUACUGGAAAUUGAAGAUAAGAGUUAUUAAAAAAAAGAUCGGAAGCUUUGGAUUUUUUCU